AUGCUUUAAAACAAAAUUUAUUAACUAAAUACACCUAAGAGAGGAGUUUCUCAUUCUGAAUCUAUAAAGAAAAAACUAUUAAGACUAAAUCUUGAUUCAUUGAAAACUCAUGAAACAGAAACCUAAAUGAAUAGCGAUUUACUAACCACCAGUAGAGCUCAUCAUUAUAAAUCAAUUAGUUCAACUUUGUUCUAAAGAAAAAACAGUAAAUAUCCAGCAAUCUUGUAACAGUUAUAAUAAUAAUACUCAACAGCAUUUAAAAAUAAAGAACUUGAUAAGGCAAUCGAUGCAGUUGUAGAUGUUAUGAUUUUAUAAGUUGUAAGAGACAACAUUAUUGGAUUGUUUAAUGCUUAUGUAUUAGUAGCAGAAACAUACUUAAAAUUUACAUAUUACUCUUCAGCAAUCCAAACUUUUACAUAAUUAGUAAUUAAAAUGAUUAUUUUAGUUGUAUUUAUGUGAUAUAUGUAAUGAUGUUGAAGAAGUCUAAAAAUCAUUUAGAUAAAAGGUCUUACUCAAACUCAGUAAUUUAGCACAUAAUUUAAAAAUGCAUGAAACCGCCGUCAAAAUUUUAAAAAAGUUAUUACAAUAUUCUUGGCAUUUUAAAGAUAAAUAUUUAGAAGUAGUAUGCUUUGAUAAACUUGGAUAAGAAGCUUAUUUAUAAGCAAAUUUAGAAAAGGCUCAAUUUUAUCAUUGUAGAGCCAUUUGGGGAAGAUCAGAACCUGAAAAUUCUAAUCAUUAUCAGAUAUCUACUUAAAAUAUUGGAUAGUAUUUAAAAAAGCUUCCAAAAGGAAUUUAACAUAUAGAUUAAAAUUUAUUAAGCAAGGCUACUUUUCUACCUUUCACAUUUAUUAAUUCAACAUUAAAUUAAUAAAAUAAUAAUGGUCCAUAAUAUUAUUGUGGCAUUGAAGUUACUAAUUAUUAUUUAAAAAAUAUGAAUGUGAUUAAAUAACCCCAUAGAUUUUUAUCUCAUGUUACUCCUGAAGCAAGUUUUUAAAAGUUAUUUAUUACUUCUUAAUUUGAAUUUGAAAUUUCUACUCCGAGAUAAGCAAAAUAAGAUUCACAUUCAAAUGAUCUAUUAAGAAUAAAUCCAUAAGAUUUAUUUAUUUCAGUCUUAUAAAAUUCUAAUGAUAGAGAAGAACUCUUAUAUAUGAAUAAAGUUAAAUAAUAAAAUAAAAUGGGUGGAUUUGUAAAUUAUUAUUAUUAUUAAUAAUUUAGAUACCUCCAACAUCUUAUCGAAUUUAAAGGAAAGAUUAACCUAAAAUUGAUAAAAAAUUAUUGAAAUAACCUUUAAUUAAAAUGAUUAAUGAAAGAUUAACAAGUUAACCAAAUUUUACAGAAAUAAUAGAAGAAAGAUAUCGUGCUGCUAGAAUGAAUCAUAGUAGAGUUCCUUUAAAAGAUCAUGUGAGAAUUUCUCAUUUAAGUCCUAAUAGAGAUUUACUUAAUUAUGGAGAAUGUUAUUAGGCAACUGCUGAUCCAGAUCAAAUGUUUAUUACUAAUAUACUAUUUUGA